GGACGGACACUUGAGCCAAUAAGAUUAGAAUAAGAUACAACAAUAUCAAGCGUCUAUAUAUCUGUUUUCACCAAACUCAGCCUACUUUAACAACGUUGUGUAUAAGAAGUUUUCUUAAAACCGCCAAUUAAAAGGUUUCAAUAAUUCAAAGUCAACGGUAAACAUCUUUACAGAAAUAUGAUGCACUUGUUCCCACCAACCUUCAUAUAUAUAAAAGCUUUACCAAAACUCUGUUUGUGGGAAGUCCUCUUAGAGUGGUCAUGGAAAUAACUCAAGUAAUCUAUGUCAAUGAUCAUAACAACAUAGAAGCAAACCUAACAGGUCAGGAGGAAAUGAAUACCACCAUGGAAAUCGAAUCUUCGUCCGUACCUCAAUCGAAGAACUAUAAGAAAUGGCUUCGUAUUUCCAUUUACGUGUUCUUUGUCCUUGCUUGCCAAGCACUUUCUACAAUUUUGGGCAGAGUUUACUAUGAAAAUGGUGGGAAGAGUACAUGGAUGGGAACACUUGUCCAACUAAUCGGCUUCCCUGUUCUGUUUCUCUUCCGCUUCUUUUCCCAAACCAAAAAUCCCAAACCAACAGAAGCAGAUUUCAGAAAGUUCUCUUCCUUCACCAUUCUUGGAUCAGUUUACAUCGUUACUGGACUAUUAGUGUCUGCUAACUCUUAUAUGUCCUCUGUUGGUUUACUAUACUUACCAGUUUCUACUUUCUCCCUCAUCUUGGCCUCACAAUUGGCCUUCACUGCCUUCUUCUCAUAUUUUCUAAACUCGCAGAAGUUCACACCUUUCAUUGUGAAUUCUCUGUUUCUCCUUACUAUUUCCUCUGCCCUCCUCGUGGUCAACACUGAUUCGGAAAACACAGCAAAAGUGUCUAGAGUAAAAUAUGUGAUAGGGAUAAUAUGUACCAUUGGUGCUUCUGCUGGGAUUGGAUUGCUGCUAUCCCUGGUACAACUGAUCCUCAGGAAGGUUUUAAAGAAGCAAACAUUCUCAACGGUCACUGACUUGGUCGCUUACCAAUCUCUAGUUGCAAGCUGUGUGGUUCUCAUAGGACUUUUCGCAAGCGGGGAGUGGAAAACUUUAACAAGUGAGAUGGAAAACUACAAACUGGGGAAAGUGCCAUACGUUAUGACUUUGGCCUCGAUAGCUAUUUCCUGGCAAGUCUACACCAUUGGCGUCGUGGGACUGAUCUUUGAGUCAUCUUCUGUGUUCUCCAAUUCCAUAACUGCUGUGGGAUUGCCUAUAGUUCCAGUUGUAGCAGUGAUUGUUUUCCAUGAUAAAAUGAACGCGUCAAAGAUCUUCUCCAUCAUUUUAGCUAUCUGGGGAUUCAUUUCAUUUGUCUAUCAGCACUACCUCGACGAAAAGAAGUUGAAGACUAGCCACACAAGUCCUGUAGGAGAUCCUCAUCUACUACCUGCUGAGGAAGGUCACACAAACAUACAUAGUGUAUGAUCAAAACAUAUUUCCAGUGUAAAGCCAAUGUAUCUUUGUACAGUUUGAGCAUAGAUAUAAAAACGUGUAUCUCUAGUCAAUCAUAAGUAACUGAUAAGUUUUGUACAUAAGAUACCAAUAGUUCGGAUCUUUUUUACUUCU